UUUCUGUCCCGGUCGCUGUCCCCAAAUCUGCCACCAAUCUCCAGCGCUCUCUCCGUCUCCUCCGACGUCAUUAACCCCGGAGCUCUACCUCCUCGCCGCCGCCGGCCGCUCCCUCCCUCCCGCCCGCCUCCCCGCGCUCGGUCAAAUGGCCCCCGCCGCCGCCAUGCUGAGACGGCCCCACUUCUCCAGCUUCCACCCGUCGUCGACCGGCAGGCGGCCCCGCGGCCCCGCGGAUCGCGUCUCGCUGCUUCUCCCGGCGAGCUCGCCGCCGCGCGUUUCAUGGCAGCAGGGAUCCGGGGUGGCUACCAGGGGACGUGUCUGGGCGAACGUGAGCAGUCCGUUCCAGCCAGAUGGCGCUGGGGAGGAUGACGCCCUGUCACCUUCUCCUCAGGCUGUGGAGGGGAGCACAGCUGAUUUCCUCAAGAUUCUCAAGAGAGCCAACUCCGUUAUUCCCCAUGUAGUGCUGGGGAGCACCAUCCUUGCCCUGGUCUACCCACCUUCCUUUACAUGGUUCACAACCAGGUACUAUGCACCGGCAUUGGGGUUCUUGAUGUUUGCUGUGGGUGUAAAUUCAAGUGUUGAGGACUUCAUUGAAGCGAUUAAAAGGCCAGAUGCUAUCGCUGCUGGCUAUAUUGGACAGUUUAUUGCCAAGCCUUUAUUUGGAUUCCUCUUUGGCACUCUUGCGGUUGCAACUUUCAAUCUGCCUACUGCUGUAGGUGCUGGUGUCAUGUUGGUUUCAUGUGUGAGCGGAGCACAACUGUCGAACUAUGCAACGUUCCUGACAGAUCCACAUAUGGCUCCCCUCAGCAUCGUUAUGACAUCGUUGUCUACAGCCACUGCGGUUUUUGUUACCCCAACUUUAUCCUACUUGCUCAUCGGCAAGAAAUUACCCGUAGACGUCAUAGGAAUGAUGUCCAGCAUUGUGCAGAUAGUGGUUGCUCCAAUUGCAGCUGGAUUGCUUCUGAAUAGAUUUCUUCCGAGACUCUGUUCGGCUAUUCAGCCAUUUCUCCCUCCACUAUCGGUGUUUGUGACUGCUUUAUGUGUUGGCUCACCAUUGGCUAUAAAUAUUAAGGCUGUUUUGUCACCAUAUGGACUAUCCAUUGUGCUUCUCCUUUUGGCGUUCCAUACAACAUCUUUUGUAGCUGGAUAUCAUCUUGCUGGUACUUGGUUCCGUAAGUCAGAUGAUGUGAAGGCCCUACAAAGAACGAUUUCUUUUGAGACAGGGAUGCAAAGUAGCCUUCUUGCUCUUGCUUUAGCAAACAGGUUCUUCCCAGACCCUCUAGUGGGAGUGCCUCCAGCAGUAUCAGUUGUGCUGAUGUCCCUUAUGGGGUUUGGUCUUGUCAUGGUAUGGUCCAAGAGAACAUAAUCGCAGCCCCUGCUGGAGCAGCCACAGAGCUAGUCUGACAGACAGUAAAAUUCACUGCGAAAUUUUGUUGGUGCUAGCUCAAAAAGUUUAUUGGAGGCGAAGGGUCGCACAAAAUUUAUGGGAUGGCUUGGGUGCCAAUGGCCAAGUGACCGUACCAUGACAUGCCUCCUUUCGUAUGAUCCUCCUUGAAAAUAUCUUUAAUAUUUUUAGGGUUCCUGGAGGUGAACUCUCCCCAGAUUAUACAAGAUAGAAAGAGAGAAAUAAUCUGUGCCUCUGGUGGAUUCAUCUGAACUCAUCAACUGAUGUUGUGUUGUUCUGUACAUUUUGCAUUUUACUUCGUA